AUGGCGGCGUCCUACGGAGUUUCCCCAAUGCGUGGGCAGAGAGGGAGACAGAGACGGAAAGGGAGCGUGGGGAGGCGUAUUUCUUCUGAAGGGCCGCCUGACAGGAACAGUGCACAACAAGUAUGUGAUUUCAAGAUCAAGGGUAGCUACUUCGAGAGAUCGUGCGGCUUUUAUCUUGGCAAUUCAGACACCAUGAUUGCUCAAAUAAACUGCAAUUACACAGCCACCAACAUACUGCUGGGAAAGGACACCUUUGUUGUUACCGUGUUCCCACAUGUUGACUAUGUGUUCAUCGCAGCUCUUGUUGUGAUUUUGGAUGAGAUUCAUAGGGAACGAUUUGACUGA